UACGAGCCUAAAACAUAUCCAACGUUCUAAUGGACCACACCAUAUAUGAUUCUUGCAUUUAAUGCUUAUUUAACACUAGAGCGUUAGAUCUACUUCAUUUUUGAGCCAUUACUUAACAUGAUGUUUUAAAAGGGAUGGACGGCGUGGAUAAACAGAUAAUUCACGGUGGGCCCCCAAGCAGAUCUGGUCGGACGCCUAAAGGUUCGACCGGGGUCGGAUGCAAUUCGCUUCCGUCCGAAGAAACGUAUCGGUCUCAGCGGACGAUGGUGGUGCUUGGAUGGUAGAAAAUGCCGGCAAGAAACGAUCACCACGAGCACAUGUUAGCUAGAACCCUUCCUCAUGUCAAGGUUUUUGGCAUUUCGAAACAUUAGGAAGGUCUGGAAUUCCAUUAUUGCAAACCAGAAACCCAGCCUUUCAGUCAUAAGGAAACAUGGAACACUUGUUACAAUUAGAAUGCCUUCACAAUCCAAGUUUCCUGCUAGACAAUACCUUCCAUUUAUGUUAUACAAAGCUGAGAAGACUCUUUCAUCAAAGAAUCUGCUGACACAUCACUCCAAAGUCACUUGGAAAAGGCUUUCUCUUCCGUGUUCUUAUAGUUGCUCAGCUCACCCACCAAUAAGUAGGAUUGCUCGUGCUGUGAGCUUUUCCCUUUCCAGACCAAACAUUGCUUCUAGUGUUUUUGCCAUCAUUGUUGGAGAGGCAGCAUGGACUCAAAGGUCAUGGGCAGAUGCGGGAUUCUUCCCGACAAGGAAUAUGCUGUAUAUGCAAGCACGAGAUGGGCAUGUUUCUUUCACGUUCUUCAUUUCUUCAGUUUUAGAGGGUUUCAUUUUGCUUUUGCGAGCAGUCUAUUUGGCAAUUUUGUUCUCGCCAGCUAUAGCAAUGGCUCCAUUUGCGGAUUGUUUUGGUGUUCAGUUCAGGAGAACAUGGCUUCGUCUUGUCCAUCUUACUCUAGAAAAAGCGGGUCCUGCAUUCAUUAAAUGGGGCCAAUGGGCAGCAACACGCCCAGAUCUCUUUCCCAGAGAUCUGUGUUCUGAUCUGGCAAAGCUUCAUAAGAACGCACCAGCGCAUUGUUUUGCUUACACUAAGAGGACUAUUGAGAAAGCAUUUGGACGUGAGCUUUAUGAAAUCUUUGAAGAUUUUGAAGAGGUGCCAGUAGCAUCUGGAAGUAUUGCCCAAGUGCAUCAGGCUUCUUUGAGAUUUCGAUAUCCAGGUAAACGAAUCAAGCCCAUCCAGGUUGCUGUCAAAGUUAGGCAUCCUGGAGUUGGGGAAUCGAUCAGGAGGGAUUUCGCAAUUAUUAAUUUGUUCGCCAAAAUUUCAAAGUUCAUCCCUACGUUGAAUUGGUUAAGACUAGAUGAAAGCAUACAACAGUUUGCUGUUUUCAUGAUGUCUCAAGUUGAUCUGGCAAGGGAGGCUGCCCACUUGAACCGUUUUAUUUAUAAUUUCCGCAGAUGGAAGGAUGUGUCCUUCCCGAAGCCUUUGUAUCCACUCGUGCACCCAGCAGUUUUGGUUGAGAUGUAUGAGCAAGGAGAAAGCAUUUCCUACUAUGUUGAUGAACUCAAGGGAAAUACUCGGAUUAAAAGGGCUCUUGCUCACAUUGGGACUCAUGCACUCCUGAAGAUGCUUCUGGAAGUGGAGAAGUCGCUCAAUUUUUGGGGUACCCUAGAAGGUGAUCUUGUCCAUCCAGCUGAAUGCAUGCGUCAAUUACUUGAGCAAGUUCGGCGCCACAGAGUCAACAUUGAUGGCAAUGUUUGCACUGUGAUGGUAACCAUUUUGGUUCUCGAGGGAUGGCAGCGCAAGCUCGAUCCGGAUUAUGAUGUGAUGAAGACAUUACAGACAUUGUUAUUCAAAGUUGACUGGGCGCAGUCCCUUUCCUACACAAUCGAAGGACUCAUGGCCCCAUAAAAGGUGAUGCGAUGCGUAUCAGCCGAUAUUUAAAACGAUGGUCUGGAGUGGCAUACAUCUGUGCCAAGUGUAUUGUGGACAGGUCAUCACCAUUGAAGAAAUGAUCAGAAAUGCACCUAGUAGUUAUCCUUCAUUUAUCAAUAAUAAAGUUAUAGAUUUGGCAAGGACUUAUAGGAUGCCUUAUUAUCAUAUUUUAAGCAAUUAUCAACCGCCCGAUACAUACAGGUUUCAUCCCUGAAUGAUAUGUUUUUAUUGGCUGAACAGGGUGAUACGGGGCGAUACGACCUUGUAUCCUGAUGGUGAACAAUAUGGUACAUGCCGAAUACAAUAUUCAAUCCCGGACUGUAAGAUAUGCAAAUGGCAUUGCCAACUCUCUUCUUAGUGAGUAAUUCAUGGAUGUAUGUAUUACAGAGACAUCUUGUGAAUACAUUCUUCUACAAUUGCGGUUUCUUUUGAUUAUUUAUUUU